AUGCGACCGCCCCGCGCAGCGGCAAGAUGCCUGAGUUGUUUCCAGCAGGCGGCGAUGGCCGCUGUGGAGAACAGAGCGCUGCAGGCGGAAGGCAAGGCCCGCGCAGCACUGGCCGGGCUCGCUGAGAGCCCGUUCCGUGUGCGUGGGAGCCACGACGGACCCCCGCACCGGUCGUUCGAGUCCCCGCAAGACACAGCGAGCCUCCGAGGCUUCGGGUUCUCAGCAGGGAGGGCCGGAGGGGACACGCCCGGCGCAAACCUGCCGACGCGUGCUCCGGCCUGGCGCCCGGUGGCGGGCCGCAGGCUGUGGUCGAGCCGCGCGGCCGACGACAGCGACAGCGCGGACGAGGGCGGCGACGACGGCGACGAAAUGCACGACGUCGAGCUGUCCCCGGCCCUCGAAGCCAGCUUGAAAGAAAAGCUCCAGGAGUACGAAGACCUGCAAUCCAAGCUGUCUUCGAGCGAGGCCGCAGACAUGAAGCAGAGCGAGCUCAGCAGGAUCGCGCGGCGCGUCGGCGAGCUUGCGUCGCUCGCCGAGAAGUACCAGACCCUCCUGGAGCUGCGCGAGGAGCUCGAGGGGCUCGUUGCGAUACUGAGCGACGCGAAAGAGGGCCCGGAGAUGCGGGAAAUGGCAGAAGAGGACGUUGUGCGCGUUGAGGCGUCGCUCAAGGCGCUCGAGCGGGACGUGGCGCUCGGAUCGCUGCCCCCCGAGCCGGAGGAAGAGCUCGACGUCCUCCUCGAGGUGCGGGGCGCCGUGGGCGGCGAGGAGGCGUGCCAGUUCGCGCUGGAGCUGUACCGCAUGUACGAACGUUACGCUGCGGCGCGCGGGUGGGACUUUCGCGUGGUGGAGUGGCAGGCGAGCGAGUCCGGCGGCGUGAAGAUGGCGACGGCGCAGAUCGCCGGCGACGGCGUGUAUCGGCGGAUGCGGUUCGAGGGCGGCAUCCACCGCGUCGCGCGCGUGCCCAAAACAAUCGGCGGGGUGGACAAGAUCCAAACGAGCGCGGCGAGCGUGGUGGUGAUGCCGACGCCGGACGACACGAUCGAUAUCAAGCUCGACCCCAAGGACCUCAAGAUCGAGACGACGACGGCAACGGGCCCGGGCGGCCAGGCGGUGAACAAGACGGAGUCGGCGGUGCGCAUCACGCACGCGCCUUCGGGCAUCACGGUGCAGUGUCAGGAAGAGCGUUCGCAGCACACGAACAAGGAGCGCGCGCUCGCGACGCUCCGCGCCCGCCUGUACGACCUCGAGCGCCGCCGGAAGCGCGACGAGCUGUCCGGGACCCGGCGCUCGAUGAUCGGUAGCGGGGACCGAUCGGAACGCAUCCGGUCGUACAAGUACCUCCAGAGCCGCGUGACGGACCACCGGCUGCGGUACACGUCGCAGGAUCUCGCGGGGAUCCUCGACGGGGGCGAGGAGCUCGGUAGAAUCCACGACAUGCUGCUCCGCGCGGCGCUGCGGGAGCGGCUCGCCGCGCUCGCGGGCAGCGCGCCGUGA